AUGUAUUUGACGACGCUAAUUAUUGUUAUGACACCAAUAUCGCUGUUGUUUGGUGUAGAAGCAGGUAGCGAUUCAGAUAAAGCAGAUUCCAACACUGCAUUGAGCGAAGAUCAGCGAUUCACAGUCGAUUGCGACGGAAAGGUGAUUCAUGUGAAGACGUUGAUGGAUCGUCGACUUUUUCCCAAUUUAUGUGCAAAUCCUAGAGAACAAGUACUUGUUCAGCCCAAAGUGUUUCCGUUGAGAGGUCUACGUUCUUCCGAGUUCAGCAGCAUUGUUACUGCUAAAUAUUUACGCAUGUGUAUACAUAUUGAAAUGUCUACAGUGAAGUUGCUGGACUUCGGUUUCGUCAAAAAUAUCACACCAACAUGUGAAGGUCCAGCAAUCUUAAUCGCUCAAAAUCCGGCGUUGAAAGAAGUCAUUUUUAAUGUGGACUUCCUUAACAAUGUUCCCCCAAAAACUAUAUUUAUUCGAGGAAACAGAAAGCUUAGAAGAGGAACCAUCGAUCACUUCAAUAGGCAUGCUUCAGGGCAGGAUUUUCAGAUAUACGGUGAGUGCUCGAUGCCAUCAGCGUUUUGGUCCUUCGAGCAGUUGUCCAACUGCACUUCUGUGUACGGAACGCUGUUCGUGAACGACACAACCGUGGAGAUUCCCGCUGCCAAGAACAACAUUUCAUUCACUGGAUGCAUUCUAAUAGUCGACUCACUGCUUAAAAAUGUUGAUUUUCUGGAUAAUUUUGUCGGAUUUGAAUACGAACGGAGGCUUUGCGAUCAUGAAAUUUCUGGCAACAAAGACUUGUGCAUCAAGGAACCUAUGGAACUAAGGAAGAGAUUUCGUGGUGUUUUGAUCGAACAGCCGCGGCACACGGAUUGUACGACAACUUGCGGUGGAGGAGAAGUGGACGACCAGUACUUACUGUUAGUUGAUGGGUGCGAUAUAAUCCAAGGCGACAUGGUUAUUUACAAUUGGACAGCUCUUCCGAAAAACGUUGACAACUUGAGAUCAGUACGUCAAAUAAAUGGUUCUCUGAGGAUCGCCAACACAAGCAAUCUCGGAACGUUCGAUUACUUUUCAAACCUUGAAGAAGUUGGCAGUACAAGUGAAGGUGAUGAUUUGGAAUCUGUUCCCGCGGUUGAGGUGAUCGGAAACGAGGCACUCGACGCGUUCAAAUUGCCGCUUCUGAAGAAGGUUCACUCAACGAAUCCGAAUAAAAUUGUAAUCAUAGAGAAUCCAUCGUUGGGUAUGAAAAGAAGCGAAGUGUUGCACUACUAUGAGGUUGCAGACGGUCCAAACCAUGUUUUAUUGGAAUAUCGGGACACAACCACGUUCCUUGACGAAGUCCUCAGCAAUGGAUGGUUUUUCGUUCGCGCCUUCUUCAUACUUCUUCUACUACUCCUACUCGUUUUUAUGGCAAUGAUGGUCGUUAGAGAAAAGUUGAAAUUUAUGACGCUUCCACCGCCACCAUACAUUUUAAGCAAGAAGUCUCGAACGCUUCUGGAAUGUCUGGUGAAGGAAAUUGUAACCUGCAACCCGUUAAUUUGGCGCUGCAACGAUCGUGAAUUUGUCUGGGGUUAUCAACAACCGGAAGCAGCUCAUGCCGAUGUGAACGUGCUGGUCGCAAACAACGAAACGUUCCUGAAAUCAUACAUGCUGACAUUAGCUCCCAACGGUUUCCUGCCAAAAAACAACAAAUCGCUGACAUUCGAAAGAGUGAAGGCGCUCAUGUCCAACGAUGUGUGCAUAGUGAUCGGGAACGAGAAGUGUCCUGAUUGUGUGAUUGAGAAUUUACCGAUAAAACCUGCAGGGGAACACUCGUACAUAUACUCGGGCAACAAGUACUCGUUUAAGCUGAAAAAAGUAAAACAGAUGGGUCCCUGUACUACCGGUUACCUAUACUUGGUGAAAUAUGGACCAAAGGAGGCAUCAGUAUCGGAAGGAAAGAAAUCAAAAAAAGAAGAAAAGCGUAAAAUGGUCCUAGUGCACUACUAUCAGUGGGAUAAUGGAGUUAUGCCGCAAGGUUUGCAUGAGAUUUUACAGCUGGCUGUGCUUUGCGAACCGGGAAAAGCGAUUUGCAUCAGCAAUCGACGAAAGGAGGUCUUCUCAAUGAUACACAUGUUCUUCACCUACAUUUACGUCAUCAAGGAAACAAUUGGUUUAAAGGAUGCCUUCCAGUUACAUACCGAAAAAUGUAACGGUUCGAUUAUGGAUCGAACAGAGAUGCUAUUUGUGAUGGCGAUUAUCAUGGAAUGGGCCUAUCAGACACGUUCAAUCCCAGAAACUCUGAUCAAGAAACACACUGAAUGGUGUCAAACUUAUUCAAUUAUGAACAUUUUUAUGAAAGAGAAUAAAAAUAUAAAACUGAUUCAUCCUGAUUACUUAACAAAAUUAGACCCGGAGGUGAAGCAAGAAGUGCUCAGUGUGGCCUACUUAGCAGCUCCCAGAUUCUCGAACAGAGAAUUCGGUGCCGUUAAGGAUGCGUUCCAUAGGAAGCCAGUUGCAGAACGUCCGAAACCGGCAGCGAAGCCUGGAAAAGACACACCAAAAGGGGAAGAUGAGUCGGAGGCUGAUCCAGUGUGCAUAACGGACGAAAAUCCUGAAUUUUGGAACGAAACCAUGAAAACCAGCGUUACGGGAACACCUGCAGCAGCAAAAGCAUGA